AAAUAUGUUUUAGCUCAAUCCUUCGCUGAUGGAGGCGAUUUUGACCACAAAGAACUUGCUAUAUCUUUAAUGUGACUUUUAUUCCGACCCAAUGAAGCACAUAUGAGCAUGCGCACUGCAUCGGCUCUAUGGGGACGGGGAGGACAUCACGGAAAAAACGUAGCAGCAGCACCACAAACCUCACGCCGAGAUUUGGUCUUUGAGCGGCGGCUUGAAAACUGCGCACGUAGCGCGGGCACCGAUAUGUCCGCAGGGUCGUCAGAGCGCGGGACGACCCCUUGACUGGCCUAGUCCAGCUCCGAGCCGUUCCGGGAGGAAAAGCCAGUUCUUCUUAUGGGAACAGCAUGCGGGAAAUGGUUGGAGGUUGCUGCGUGUGUUCAGACGAGCGAGGCUGGGCUGAGAAUCCGCUGGUGUACUGUGAUGGACACGGCUGCAGCGUCGCCGUUCACCAAGCGUGCUACGGCAUCGUCCAGGUGCCCACCGGUCCCUGGUUCUGUCGGAAGUGUGAGUCACAGGAGCGGGCGGCACGAGUGAGGUGUGAGCUCUGCCCCCACAAAGAUGGUGCCCUCAAGAGGACAGACAGUGGGGGCUGGGCUCACGUGGUGUGUGCUCUCUACAUCCCUGAGGUACAGUUUGCCAAUGUCCUCACAAUGGAGCCCAUCAUCCUGCAGUACGUCCCACAUGAAAGAUACAUCAAGACAUGCUACAUCUGCGAGGACCACGGCAGAGAGAGCAAAGCUGCAUGUGGAGCCUGUAUGACCUGCAACAGACAAGGCUGCAGACAGGCCUUCCAUGUUACAUGUGCUCAGAUGGCUGGUCUACUGUGUGAGGAGGAGGGCCCAGAGGCUGACAAUGUGAAGUACUGUGGCUACUGCAAGCACCACUACAACAAGAUGCAAAAGAAGUUACGCUCAAGUGAAAACACAAGCAGUUCUUUCAGUCAUUCCAGGGGGCGCCCUAGCUCUCCACCGCCAGAUAAGCACCAUCACCAUCAUAAACCCAGAAAGAGUCAUAAAGAUAAGACUCGACCAAAAGAUAAAGACCGUCAUAAGAAAUCUUCAGACAGUCUGAGCACGUCUGUAACCAGCAGCAGCAUAGAAAAGAUUUCUUCCAGCCACCACAUCAGCAAAGACAGUGAAAGUAAAUCCAAGAAGCUGAGUUCACACAGUCACAGUCACCGUAGUAAGAAACCAGGAAGUACAGGGAAAAGCUCCUCCUCCUCCUGUUCUUCCAGCCCUUUCAACACAGCUGGCUCUCUGUCUACCUCUCAGGACUUCCACCAAUUUUCCUCUUCCUCCUCUCGACACGAACGGGACCGCGAGCAUGACCGCAGCGCUGACGACCACCACAACAACGAAGACCGAAAAGAACGCCAUAGAAGACCAGCUGUUCGUGAGGAAGAGGAGGAUGAGGAAGAAGAAGAGGAGGAAAAAGAAGAGAAAGAUGAUGACGAUGAUGAAGAAGACUCAAAAUACCACAAACCUCCAGCUUUGACUCCUGCUGAUGGGCCUAUAGCAGCUACACAGAGUCAUGACAGAACUGAACGGAACUCUAGCAGUCCAUUUGAAAACAAAGUUACUAUUUCUACAAUUGGCUCCAUUAUGCGCAUCACAUCUUCAUCUGGUACCAAAAUCCGAAAGAUCUCCUCUUCGUCGGUGGACUACAAACCCUCCAAAUCCCUCAAGGUGUCCCAGCUGAGCACCCCUCCCAUCUUGGAAGAAGUAGACAGAGAGGAGGAGGAAGAAGAUGGCAAAACCACACCCCCUCCGCCAUUGCCAAGGGAACGGAGACACAGAGGAAGCAAGAAAAGUCGACAUGGCCCAGGACGACCAAAAGGAAGCAAAAACAGGGAGAGGAGGGGUGAUGAGGAGCACCAUCAUCACCACACAGCGCCCCCUACUACCCCAGCUUUGAAUUCCCAUUACCAGACAACCACAAUCUCUAGUGCUGUUGUAACAUCUUCCUCUUCAGUCUUCUCUUCCUCUUCAUCAGCAGGCAGUUUUUCCACAAGUCGAGGCAAUUCACUCCUAGGCACUGGAAUCUACUCCAGCCUGAAAGAGCCUCUCACUUUGGGCGGGGUCGUCUCCACUGCCCCACUCUCUCUGGGUGGGGGGGUCUCCUCUGCCCCCCUGUCUCUAGGUGGAGGGGUCUCCACUGCCCCCCUGUCUUUGGGUGGGGGGGUCUGCUGCACCUCUUUGUCUCUGGCACCAGGUGUGUGCAGUACCCCUCUCUCCUCUGGACUGCUCCUGUCCCAUGCCUCAUCACUCACACUACCAACUGUCAACUCAGUCUCCAGCUCUCAGGUGCACCCGGUCUCCAGCACCUCCUACAGUUUGGCCUCCUCUCAGCUUUUCUCCAGCUGUCUGUCCUCGGCCUCCACACUGCCUCCACUGCUGAGCCAACCACACACCUCUCUGCCAGAGGUAGAACUUGAUGACUGUCGCUUCCCAUGUCAGGGCAACUCACCAAGAGAAAGUCUUUCCUCACAGUCUCCCAUGAGCUGUCUUCCCCUGCUGUUUGAGCACAGAGAUGGUUUGGGGGCAGGGUCCAGGGCACGUCCCGAAAACGUCCCACCGGCCAGUUCCCACAUCGAGCUCCUCCUCGAAAAACACGGCAACGGAGAAAUGGGAGUCAACAUUGUAGAGAUGCUCCAGUCCCUCCAUUCGCUGCAGCGGGAGAACCAGCGCCUCCAGGACCAGAUCCUGAGUCUUACAGCCAAAAGAGAGCGCCUUCAGCUGCUUAACACAGAGCUGGCAGUGCCCUUCCCUCCACAGGCUCUGAAUAACACUUCUACAACCUCAUUGCACCCCUCUGCCCAAAUCAGCUUCCUGUCUGCCUCCCAAGACCCUCUCAGCUCCAAUAAGAGCCCCCUGUCUAAAAGCUGCUUCCUGAAUGACACCUCAUUUGUUACCUCCUCUGAGGAGCUUCACUCUGGCAGUCCGUCCCGCAGUAGCUCCUCUCUCUCCUUCCAGAGCACGCCCCCGCCUCAGCAGAGCCCUGCCUCCUUCGGCCAGCCACUGCUCAAUGGUCUCAGUCGCGGUCUCAGUGACAGUUUGGGGACUCUGAACCAGUCCGGGGGGUCCAGUCUUCCUGCGGUGGGCGGUCUCAUUGCGUCUCUAACAGGAAGUCCUCAGCUCAGCAUGAACGGGGUCCUGGGAAGUUUGAAUGGUGUGAUUCAGUCUCCAGUCCACAGCGCCCCCCCGCCUACACUCCCGGCACUGCGCCCUCAACCUCCACCACUCAACCCCCAAGCACUGGUCCAGAGCUUUCAGCUGCCCAAGAGCGUCAGCCCGUCUUCUCUCCUCUCUGAGCAGCAGAAGCAGCUUCUCCUGGAGCAGCAGCAACAGCAGCAGCUUCAACAGUUCCUGACGUCUCAAAACUUCACACCAGAGCAGCAGGUAUUGGUGUGUCAAAUGCUACAACAACAGAGACAGAGGGAGCUACAGCGCCUCUCUCUGGCCGGAGCACUCUCCUCCACCCCAAACUCCCCCCUCAUCGCGUCCUCUGCUUCCCCCCUGCAGACAGGACAGGGGGGCAGCCUCUUUGGUCUGCAGGACAACGCACUUCACAAAACAGGGGGCCCAGGAGAAAAAGGUGGGGAUAAAAAUGGCUGACAACUCUUCAAACUUGCAACUUAUUUGAAAUGAGGUCCUCUUUUUUGUCGUCUUUCUCUUCAACCUCUCUAUGAAUGUAUUACAAAUGUACUUUUUAUCUAGUGGCGUUUUCAUGUUUUAAAUUUCAGAGUUUCUUCUUAUAGUUUUGUUUGUUUCUUUUGUGUAGGCAGCUUUCUGAGAGCAUGAAUGUGGUCUCAUUUUUUUUAAUUGCACUAAAUUGUGAGCUCGACCAAUGGCGCCCCCUGGCUUUUGGUUGUAGUUUGAACUCUUUGGGUCUGUCUGACUCCUAGCACUGACCGUUCAUAGUUCUCCCCUAGGCUUGAACCAAUCUAUUUAUACAGUUUUCUGCCACUUCUUGCAAACAUUAACCGUCUUCCUCAAUAUUCUGCCUUUCUGUCGUGUUAGUUUAAAAUCUUGUUUAAAUUUCACCUCACACAAUACUGAAGAUGUGGAGGUCCUUUUACUUUGAAGUUUGUGGUUACUAGUGACAUUUUUACCUGAAGAUAGUUACCUCAGAACUUUCUACCUUUGCGAUACUUAAUAUUUCAUUGUAGACAGCUGUGGUUAAUAUCUGUGAUGAUACAUUACCAAGAUAGCCUUCACUGGAUACAAUUGCCCACUUAAACUGUAAUCGCUGUUUACACAUUUACUUAUGUGAAGACAGCAUUCAAAAAUGGCAUUUUUAAUAUGAAUCAGUUUUGUUUAUUACAGACCGCAAGAGUUUAUAAGACUUUGUACCUUUCCAGUUGCUAUCGAGAUUAUGCAGACAAAACCAAACAUUUGGGGACUUCAUUAAAAAGUAAAUUGUUUGAUUUUCUUUUUAAAAUAAACAGCGCACUUUUUGCAUGUUAGAUGCUAUCAAAGUAAAUUAGCCAUUGACAAAGUACCUUAAAAGGAGGCUUGGUGCUGACCAGGCCAUUAGGGACUGACCGGUUUCUCAUUGUUCAUGAGUAUUUUGCACUCUGUCCUGAAAUGUUUCAUGUUCAUACUUUUAAUGUCCUCCAAAUAGUUGUUCUUUUAGCAAUACUGGAUAGACAAUGCCUUAAUAAUGUUAUAUACAGAGAAAAGGGUGAAAAGGCCUCCUAAUGUUGUCUUUCUUUGACAGUGUUUUUAUCUUUGGGUACACGGAGGACUCUUCCUAUAACUGUUUAUACUUUUGAUAGUUAAUGAUCAUUUCUGCAGAAACAUGUGAAUAUAGUGGUAACUAUAGUCUUUUUUAAUGUACUUCUUUGUGUUCAGAUGCUUUUUGUUGUUUGUGCUUCAGAGAAGUGAGAAACAGGAUAUAAUGGGACUUUUACAGACAUAGGAGAUGUAAUAUUAACAUGUAUAAUUCAUAGUUUAGCUGUAACAGAGAGAGGAGAGCAGUGACUCGUCAUAGUACUUAUAUUGGCUUUCACUGUUGGGUUUAGUCAUUGAUAAGCUUAUCUGUCCAUCAGUUUCAUCAUCACAGUUUUACUAACACAGUAGGUCACUCAUAAAUACAUGUAAUCAAUAAUCUGUAAUAUUUUCAAUUAACCUUUCCCUAACAUGUGACAAUAUAUCUUAGAUUAAUUUAAGUAGCACUUAAGCAGCUCACUUGAUGGUCAUAAAUACUGUAGCAGAGACAGGAGAGUAAAUUAUAUGAAAGACUUGAGCCACCUUCUUGACACGACUCCGAACGGGAGAUCUGCAAUUUAUCAUAAGUGUUUUUUGAGUCCAGACUGGACCAGGUCCUAGACUUUGGCUGAAGUGCCAAGGGUUUCUGAAGCGGUUUCUUUAUGUUGCACUGGGGCAUUUGGGCCCACUUGUAAAUCAUUUUAGUCCCUUUUUUUCAAUUAUGUUGGAUAAAAGUUUUUUAAUGUUUGUGCAAAACAUUGAGCUUUGAAGUUGGGCGACCAAGAAAAAUCCAUAUUAUGAAUGUUGUACUGUGUAUCUUUUAUGUAUUAAGACAUAAGCACCUGGUUCUGAAUGAGGUUAGAUGGAGAGCAAGCUAAAUACUGGGAUAUGAAUUGCAUGAAAUGCAGUGAAGUCUCUCAAAUGUGUUGCUAAUUACCAAGUAAAACUAUGCAUAAUUUUGAAUGCAUUGUUCCCUGAAAAGUUUAGAAAUGAGCACUGAAUUUAAAAGGACAAGCACGUUGUCAUUGUACAGUGUAUUGUUUUCAGAGAAUUGAUCAAAACUAAUUUGACAAAUAUUGAGAUUAAAAUCCCUGUAAAGUAUUUUGAUAUUUUUGUGUGUAAAAAUUAAAGGCUUGAAUAAGACAUUCUUUUGUUAAUAAAUGCAUCCUUCUGUGUCA